CUACAGGAAGUAUCUGUGUGGUCAGGUCCUGCUGCUGGCUGGUGCUGUCAGAGGUUGUAUUCUGAGCACAGACCUGCGAUGAUUGCUGCCAAAAACUGUGAUGCCCCCACAGCAACCUCCAUUAACGACUGGUUGCCGGAUCUGCCUAAUGGACCACUCUCUGAAUACAGAAGAAAGGCCUCCUUCAACUGGAAGGAUAUGAUGAUGUUUCUGGAUGAUGAAGAUAUUAUUGCUUUUAAAAACAAAAUCUUCUCCACGCUGGAGAAUGACCCGCUUUUCUAUCGCCAACCUGGAGAGGAGCUACGUCUGGAGAAGUACAGAGAGCUGACAUUUCUGCGCUGCAAGAAGAUAUUCGAAUAUGAUUUCCUGACCUUCGAGGCAACCAUGGAGAAACCUCAGAAACUUCUGGUGCUUAUAAACUGUCUGGGCAUGUAUGACUGGUCGCUUGCUGCAAAAUAUUUCCUGAAUACUCAGGUGUUUGCGGGUGCUGUUGGAAAUGGCGGGUCUGAGAGGCAUCAGACCUUUCUAAACCAAACAAGGCAUAUGGAGAUUUUUGGAUGCUUUGCACUCACAGAGCUGAGUCAUGGCAGCAAUACAAAAGCCAUCCGCACAACUGCAAACUUUGAUGCUUCGACAAAGGAAUUUAUUAUAAACUCCCCAGAUUUUGAAGCAGCUAAAUUCUGGGUGGGGAAUAUGGGGAAGACCGCCACUCAUGCUGUGGUGUAUGCUCAGCUGUACACAUCAGAUGGACAGUGCCAUGGAUUACACUCUUUUGUCGUGCAGAUACGUGACCCCAAAACUCUGCUUCCAAUGCCAGGAGUGAUGGUGGGUGACAUUGGCAAGAAACUAGGUCAAAAUGGAUUAGACAAUGGGUUUGCAAUGUUUUACAAUGUUCGGAUCCCACAGGAAAACCUUCUAAAUAGUACCGGAGACAUUACAUCCAGUGGAACCUACACGAGUAGAUAUAAGGAUCCAAAGCAGCGUCUUGGAGCAUCUCUCGGUACCCUUUCCAGUGGCAGGGUCUCAAUAAUUGGAAUGACAGUGGUGAAUCUAAAACUUGCCGUGUCCAUCGCUAUCAGAUUCUCUGCAACCAGACGCCAGUUUGGACCAACAGAAAAUGAAGAAAUACCAGUACUUGAGUAUCAGUUACAGCAAUGGAGAUUGAUCCCUUACCUGGCAGCUGCCUAUGCUCUGGAUUAUUUCUCGAAGAGCUUCUUCAUCAAUUUAAUCGAGCUCCAGAUUGGGGUUCUCAUGAAAGACAGGAGCCUCAGACAGGCUGAACUUGGCAAGGAGAUCCAUGCUCUGUCCUGUGCUGGCAAGCCCUUGGCCUCAUGGACUGCACAGCGGGGGGCACAGGAAUGCCGAGAAGCAUGCGGAGGUCAUGGCUUUCUAGCUAUGAACCGAUUAGGUGACAUCCGCAAUGACAAUGACCCAAACUGCACUUAUGAAGGAGACAACAAUGUCCUACUUCAACAAACCAGCAAUUAUUUACUGGGCCUUGUCCACUCCAUACAUGAAGGUAACAUUCCCUGUGAAUCUCCUCUUGGAUCUAUACACUUCCUCAAUGAUUUUAAGACGAUUCUGUCUCACAAGUUUACAGCACGCACAGCUAGGGAAUGUCUGGAUUGUGCAGUUCCUUUGGCAGCUUACAAGUGGCUGGUGUGCUACCUUCUUCGGGAGAGUUAUCAGAAGCUCCAACAAGAGAGGCAAAAGGCCACCAAUGACUUUGAUGCAAGAAACAAUAGUCAGGUAUAUUACUGUAGAACGUUGGCCCUGGCAUUCAUUGAGCAUACAGUACUACAGAGAUACUAUGAAUACACUCAUGACUCCAGCACUCCUAUCUCCCUGCAACCAGUCCUGAGAAAGCUCUGUACACUGUAUGGAUUGUGGUCCUUAAGCAAACAUAUGGCAGUACUCUAUCAGGGUGGAUACUGUACUGGUGAACUGCCUGGGAAGAUAAUACAGGAUGCAGUCCUGGAGCUGUGUACAGAGUUGAAAGAUGAUGCAGUGUCUCUAGUGGAUGCCAUCGCACCUCCAGACUUCAUUUUAAACUCACCGAUUGCCAGAGCUGACGGAGAGCUGUACAAGAACCUCUGGUCCACAGUUCUACAAGGAGAGAAAGUGCUGGAGCGACCAUCUUGGUGGGCAGAGUUCUGCGCUGACAAGCCUGUGAUUGGCAAGCUGAGAUCUCAACUGUGAGCUGAUGUGUGUAUGUGCCUCCAGAUGCUGUGUCCUCUAAGGGUACAAUGUGUCAAAA